AUGCGAUUACCUCUUCAACGGCGUGGCCCAUCGGCACGCCAAAGCCACAGCCUAGGUCCCGUUCUGGGUUCUAGCCUUAUGGCUUUAGCAGCUCUGGCGCCUUUUACACAAGCCAUCAACUUCAACUCAGUACCAUCGCCGAACCUUGACUUUUCAAAUUUAGGCAGGAUCGGCAUAGUCGGAGACUUUGAUGGAAUUUCACUUUACGAAUAUGAGGGGCAGAAUGAGAGUCCUCGCAACUCCAAUGGCAGCGAGUCACUCCUGGCCCAACUGCCUAAUGGCGCCUUCACAUCGAUAAUAUCCAGCGAUGCCUCGAUACGAGCCAUGUGCUCAUUCCAACUCAGUAAUGGAGAAAUGCAGGGAGUGGUAAUAGGUGGUAAUUUCACGAGCUUGGACGGCACACAAUCGAAGGCAGUUGCGCUCUUCAACCCUAGCACGACUGAAAUCACCCCUCUGACCGGAAUCGAGGGCGAAGUCAACGCUGUGUAUUGCGACCAAGAACGAGACACGGUUUACGUGGGUGGUAAUUUUAAGGGCGCCAACUCCACCAACGCGAUCGCAUGGGUUGGCACAGAUGGAUGGACAAACUUACCGUUCGCUGGUUUCAAUGGUCCUGUAAAGGCCAUCACGAAAGCUUCUAACGGGCACAUCAUCUUUGGUGGUACUUUUACAGGUCUAGGAAACUCGAGUGCCCCCAACGAAUCUAUCAGCCAGAUCAUUAACCUCUCGACGGCAAACAUCACCGACGACCAUGGCUCUUCAAGUACUGACCCCAAAGACAUUGUCUGCCCUGGGUCUUCGUCAAGUCCUUGGUUACUUCAAGACAACACACCCGGUUACUGGGAAGCCGAUUUCUCCUUUGGUUUCGCGCCUUCCAAGCUGAGGCUUCGAAAUACCCGCCAGGAUGGCCGUGGCACCAAAACAUUUCGCUUCGUCGCUUACCCAAUUGAUGGAAUCAUGAACCUGACAUAUGUCGAUCCAGAGAGUGGAAACAAUGUUACCUGCACUAGCGAGUGCCCUCUCCUCGACAACGAUGAUUAUCAAGAUUUCACAUUUGUCAACCGUGUCGGCAUGAAUAGGUUCCGACUUGCUGUUUCUGACUGGUAUGGCAGUGGUGGUGGCUUAGAGGCCAUCGAGCUAUAUCAGAGCGAUAUCUAUGCAUAUGCUAUCUCUGACUUCAACGAACCGAAAUGCGGCGGAGUUAAGAACCCGUCCUCGGCUACUCACACCGGACCCUGGAAAGUUUCUCCCUCUUUGGAGAGCAGCUCUGAGUACCUCGUUGCUGAACUUGAGGGCAAUUAUGACCCCGAAUCAGUCUCUGUCACGUUCUAUCCCAAUAUCAUGGAAUCUGGCAAUUAUUCUGUUAACAUUUACACCCCUGGUUGUCAAGCCGAUGACACCUGUGACUCAAGAGGUCGUGUCAAUAUCACGGGCAUCAUGGCAGGUGAUGAUGACAAGGAUACUAAUUUCACGUCCACAUUAUACCAAACGAACUACUUCGACAAAUACGACCAGAUCUAUUUCGGAUAUAUCGAGAAGAGCUCGGGAUCUUUCAAGCCUUCGGUCACCCUUCGCCCACUGGCUGGUCAAGACGUCGACUCACUGACGAUCGUUGCUCAGAGGGUCGAAUUUACCCUUACCAACUCAACUGGUGGCCUCAACGGUCUCUUCGACUUCGACCCUGAACAAGCCGUCGUCAAUGCAUCAAGCCUUUCGAGCUCUCCAAUCAACAAACUUGGCGCCAGCUUCGACAGAACCUCUGGUGUAUCUGUUCUUGUCACGGACAAGAAUAUCACCUACGUUGGUGGCAACUUCACCUCCAAGGAUCACGACAACAUCCUCGCUAUUAUCGAAAAUGACGAUGUCAAGGAGCCCGGCGGUGGCCUCAACGGCGAGGUUUUCACUAUGUAUUUGAACGACACCCAGCUCUAUGUUGGUGGAGACUUUUCAAAUACCGACAAUGGACCCGUGGCUGGCCUGGACAACAUUGCCGUCUAUGAUACCGAAGAGGAUAAAUGGAGUCCCUUGGGUGCUGGCCUUGACGGUCCUGUCAAGUACGCUGUGCCACUAAUGAUAAACAUCACCGCGGAUACGCCUGAACUGGUUAUCGCUUUCACCGGCAGUUUCUCUUCAUGCAACGCUUUCGAUGAAUAUAAUUCCAUCUCAGUGGACGGCUUCGCCGUCUGGGUGACUUCUAAGGGCAAUUGGUUGCAAAACCUUGACGGUAACUAUCCUGCCUUUGGUGGAUCACUUACAGCUGCUCUUCUUGACAUUCCUAUGGACGGAGGCUCUCUCUAUGCCGGCGCUCUUUCAUCCGCACAGCUUGGCGCCGGUGGUGCCGCCACCCUCGGGGAUGACGGCCUCGGUCAUUUCCCUCUUAAAAUUCGCACGUCCACGUCGUCAUCUAACUCUUCCAAGUUAACACGACGUGAUGUGACUUCAUUCGACAGAAACACUACUGGCGUCGUGACUGGUGUCUUCUAUGACGAUAACGACUACAACAUCACUAUCCUCGCAGGACAUUUCACUACUGAGUCAACGAAGGGUGAAGAAAUUCAGAAUAUCGUCCUUCUCGAGGAUGAUACUGUGACAGGACUCGGGUCCGACAUUUCCAACAGUUCCACUUUCGUCGCUCUCGCUGUUCGUGACGGCAUCCUGUUCGCGGGUGGUGAUAUCAGUGGUGCAAUCGAUGGGACUGAUAUCCGUGGCCUUGUCUCAUACAACCUGGAAUCGAAAUCGUUCAACUCACAACCCCCCUCUGUAUCUGGUGCCAAUAGCACCGUCGCAGCGAUCGCCGUUCGUCCCGGUGAUUCUGGCGAGGUCUAUGUGGGCGGCUCAUUCGACACUGCCGGUGCCUUGGACUGUCCUGGUCUUUGCACCUACAACGUGAACUCUGGGCAGUGGAAUCGCCCAGGUAGUCAGCUUGAGGGUACCGUCUUCAGUUUGCUGUGGAUGAGUAAAAACCAGCUGGUUGUUGGUGGUGAUCUCCGUGGCAAUGGGUCAGACAAUCGUUACCUUUCAAGCUGGGACGCCAAUUCGGAAUCUUGGUCCAACUUUCCCGGCUCCGAAAAUAUUCCCGGUCCUAUCUCAGUCAUCUCCCCCGGAUCUAGUGACUACAAACAGCUUUGGGUGUCUGGCACUUCUGCCGAUGACAACUCUAUCUAUGUCAUGAAGUAUGAUGGUGAAGCUUGGCAUACUGUCAAGCCUUCUUUGUCAUUAGACACGAUCAUCCGCGGCCUACAGGUCUUUUCCGUCACGGAGGACCAUGAGGACACCGAUCUGCUGGAUAAGAACCAGGUCUUAAUGUUGACAGGCUCUAUCGACAUCCCUGACUUUGGGGUUGCUUCUGCAGCUCUCUUCAAUGGCACAGCGUACCAACCCUAUGCAAUGACGAUAAAGGCGGGUGAUGGUCCAGGCACCAUCGCCAGUAUCUUUUCUCAGAGGGACAGCUUCUUUAAAGAAGAGAAGCACAUGGCUUUGGGCUUUGUCGUCCUCAUCGGCCUUGCCAUCGCACUUGGACUAAUGCUUCUUCUUGUCCUUUGUGGAAUCAUUCUCGACCGCAUCCGCAAGAAGCGUGAGGGCUACGUCCCUGCGCCUACGUCCAUGUACGACCGAGGCAGCGGAAUGCGACACAUCCCGCCUCAUGAACUCCUCGAGUCUCUAGGACACGGUCGAGGUGGCGCACCACCUCGCGUGUAA